AUGACACCAAAGGCUGUUGUAGUUGGUGCCGGAGCUGGAGGUGUAGCGACAGCUGCUCGAUUAGCAAAACAAGGCUUUCAAGUGACGGUUAUUGAGAAGAAUGGGUUCAUUGGUGGACGAUGCUCUCUCAUCACUCAUAAUGGCUACAGAUUUGAUCAAGGGCCCUCACUAUUGCUGAUGCCAGAAGUCUUCCAUGACACGUUCAACCAACUAGGAACGUCACUGGAAGAGGAAGGAAUUAAACUCUUGAAAUGUGAACCCAACUACAGACUGUGGUUUACAGACAAUGAUAGCUUCGAUCUUUCCACCGACAUUGCAAGCCUCAAGCCCCAAAUUGAAAAGUAUGAAGGCAAAGAAGGCUUUCAAAACUUUUUACAAUUCAUGCAGGAAUCUGGUCGUCAUCAUGAUUUAUCCCUCAUUCAUGUUCUUCGACGUAGAUUUCCCAGUUUGCUGAGUAUGUUGAGGCCGGGAUUUCUACUGUCUGUGUUCAAGAUGCAUCCAUUUGAAAGCAUCCAUGGUCGAUUGAGUCGGUACUUUCGGUCUGAGAAGAUGAGGAGGAUCUUCACUUUUGCCAGCAUGUAUCUGGGGAUGAAUCCGUAUGAAGCUCCAGGGACAUAUUCUCUGCUUCAAUAUACGGAAUUGGCAGAUGGGAUCUGGUAUCCGGCUGGGGGGUUCCAAAAGGUCCUGGAAAGCAUAGCAACGAUUGGAAAAAGCUUUGGAGUUGAAUAUCGUCUCAAUUCGCCUGUCUCCUCAAUUCUUCUCUCAGGCGACAGCAAAAGCGCAACUGGCGUAGUGUUAUCAUCUGGCGAAAGGCUUGACGCAGAUAUUGUCGUGAUAAAUGCAGAUCUUGUUUACGCAUAUCAAAAUCUUCUCCCCGCAUCCAAAGAAGCAUGUCGCCUUUCAAACCGCCCUGCAUCCUGCAGCAGCAUCUCAUUUUUCUGGUCCUUCGAUAGGGUAGUUCCCGAAUUAAAAGCACACAAUAUCUUCCUCGCAGAGAAAUACGAGGAAAGCUUCGAUGCCAUCUUCAAAUACCACAAGUUGCCAGACGAACCGUCGUUCUACGUGAAUGUUCCUAGUCGAAUUGACCGCACUGCCGCUCCAGACGAAAAAGAUGCGGUCGUCGUCCUAGUACCGACCGGCCACCUCCUCGAGAAUACAGAAUCUAUAACCGAGGCAGAUUGGAUAACCAUCGUUUCCAAAGCAAGAGAAACAGCCAUCAACACAAUCGAAGCCCGAACGGGUGUUCGGGGGCUACGCGAUAUCCUAGUACAUGAAUCCAUCGAGACACCAGUGAGCUGGAAGGAAAAGUUCAAUCUAGAUCGAGGGGCAAUUCUCGGAUUAUCGCAUUCAUUCUUCAAUGUUUUGAGCUUUCGUCCGAAGAACAAACACCCGGAUAUUGCGCGCUUGUAUUUCGUCGGGGCGAGCACGCAUCCAGGGACUGGCGUCCCGGUGUGUCUGGCAGGGAGUAAGUUGGUGGUUGACCAGGUUGUGGAGGAUUGGAAUGCAGACAAGAAAAGCUCUUUGGCUGGGAUAUGCUUGGUGAUUGUGUCUAUGCUGAUUGUGAUGGUGUCUCUCAUGCCCUUUGUGACCUUUUGUCACCACGCUCUACACACAGUGAUUUCCAGCUAG